CCCCCCUCUCUCCUGCCCCCUCCCUCCAUCCUCACCCUCCGUCCUCCCCCUCCUCGACUCCUCGCGCUCCAGUGAUUAGCCCAGACCGGCUGCUGCCCCCUACAGGUGGAUGAAUGAAGACCCCAUUCAAGAGCCCAGCGGCCCCCGGCCCCGAGCGGACGGAGGACAUUCAGGAGUUUCUGCAAACAUGAUGAAGAAAAAGAACAAGAAACCGAGGACCAGCGUUGGUCCCAGUAAGACUCUGGCUCAGCCCAGAAGGAACAUCGUGGGCUGCAGGAUCCAGCACAUCUGGAAGGAGGGCAGUAAAUCCUCUCAGUGGAAGGGCACGGUGUUGGACCAGGUUCCCGUCAAUCCGUCGCUCUACCUGAUCAAGUACGACGGCUUCGACUGCAUCUACGGUCUGGAGCUGUACAGCGACGAGCGAGUGGUCGGCCUGGAGGUUCUGCCUGACCGAGUGGCUCCGGCCCGUGUGAGCGACUCGCUGCUGGCCGAGACGAUGAUCGGUAAAGCCGUGGAGCACAUGUUCGAGACGGAGGACGGACCCAAGGAGGAGUGGAGGGGGAUGGUUCUGGCCCGAGCUCCCAUCAUGACGUCCUGGUUCUACAUCACCUAUGAGAAGGACCCGGUUCUCUACAUGUAUCAGCUGCUGGAUGACUACAAGGAGGGAGACCUGCGCAUCAUGCCCGACUCCAACGACAGUGUGGCGGCGGAGCGAGAACCCGGCGAGGUGGUGGACAGUCUGGUGGGGAAGCAGGUGGAGUACGCCAAAGAGGACGGCGGGAAGCGUUCGGGGAUGGUGAUCCACCAGGUGGAGGCCAAACCCUCUGUCUACUUCAUCAAGUUCGACGACGACUUCCACAUCUAUGUGUACGACCUGGUCAAGACCUCCUAAAACCAGAAACAAACUCUCGAAAACGUCCACCAGAACCCGUCCUGAGAAGAAGAACCGCCGCCUCGUUCCAGAAACAGAACAGACCAACCAGUUCUUUACUUUGAUGACUGGAAUUAAACAGGGUUGGAAACUUCAGAGCAGCUCCACUCAUCCAUCACUCCUCGUUUCGUUCUUUUAGGAUCCUUCCUCCCGUUGGCUCAGACUCGGUUCCACAUUUUGGAACUUUUGUGAUAAAAUAUAAAAAGUCUGAGUCUGAGAGCUCGACUUUCCUGAGACCCUGCAGACGGAGGUUUUCCACCCAGAAGAACCUCCUCUGUUUCCUGAAACCCCGGCGGAGCUUCGUUACCUGAGGAAAAGGGGGCGGAGCCUUUGGGGUUAAUGAUGGGGUGAAUCAGCAGCCUCCACCUGCACCAGGUGGAUCACAGAGCAUUUCCUGGCCACGCCCCCCAGAGGUCACCUGAUGGCGAACAGAGACGCUGAAGGAGAACCAGAGGACUGAAAUCUUUCCGUUUUUUGUCCUUUUCUUGAGUUUUUUGUCGUCGGUGUUUUUCUGCAUCAGAACGUCCUGACGAUCCGUUAGCGUCCUGACGGCCCGUUAGCGUCUUGAUGGUCCAUUAGCGUCCUGAUGGUCUCCUAGCAUCUGGAUGAUCCGUUAGCAUCGCUACAAACCGCUGCUGCUCCAGAUUCCACUUAUUUAUCGUUUAGAAUCAGAACAUUUAGAGCUUCAUGACUCUCUGUAGAGCAGCUGUUAGCUAUCUGAGGUUAUGUUUUACAUUCUGCAGCUGUGCUUCACUCUACACUCGUUUAUUUUCUGUUUGUAGCUCAGUGGAUAAAAAUGUCCUGAAUCCGCCUCCAGCUGCUUUACAGUGUUAGAAACAAACCGACAUAUUUACCAAUGUUACAUCAGAGCUGCAGCGAUUAAUCAGCUGGUCGUCAGCUGUUCCAUUAGCUGCUAACCAUGUGACCAGGCUAGGCACUAGAAUCUCCAGCUAUUAGCACACCAAAGUCAGAAACUAGACACUAGCAUUCUUAGGCAAAUCCAUAGCAUGUCCAGGAUAGGACUUAGCAUUUCCUGGACUCGGCAUUAGCAUUCCUAGGUUAGCGACUGGACACUAGCCACUAGCGUACCCAUCUAGGCUAGUGGUUAACUGUUCAUCAAGUAAUUUGCAUCGUACGGCUAGUGGUUAGGAUCCUUAGGCUUGUAGUGUGCAUCUUCAAACAAGCAACUAACAUUCUUAGGUUGUUCAGUAGCAUCUCUAAGCGAGUCACUAGAAUCUCUAAGCUAGCCAUUAGCAGUCCUUGCCAACUACUCAAUGUUACAUCAGCAUUACAGCAAUUGAUCAACUAGUUGUCAACUGUUACAUUAAUCGCUAACCAUGUGACCCGGCUAGGCACUAGCAUCUCCAGCUAUUAGCCCACCAAAGUUGCCAACUUGACAAUAGCAUUCUUAGGAUAGAAACUAACAUUCUUAGGCUAAUCCAUAGCAUGUCCAGGCUAGCAAUUAGCAUUCCCUAGACUAGGCAUUAGCAUCCCUAGGUUAGCAACUGGACAGUAGAAGCUAGCGUACCUGUCUAGGCUAGUGGUUAACUCUUCAUCAAGUAAUUAGCAUCCUAUGCCUAGUUGUUAGCAUACUUAAGCUUGUGGUGUGCAUCUUCAAGCAAGCUAAUACCAUUCUUAGGUUAGUUGCUAGUAUCUCAAAGCUAGUUUCUAGCAUCUUGAGGCUAAACAUUAGCAUUUCUUGCCAAUUUAUCAAUGUUACAUCAGCACUGCAGUGAUUAAACAGCUGGUCAUCAACUGUUACAUUAAUCGCUAACCAUGUGACAAGGCUAGGUGCUAGCAUCUCCAGCUAUUAGCAUUUCUUGUCUGGUCACUUGCAUACCAAAGUUGCCAACUAGACACUAGCAUUCCUGAGAUCGGAACUAGCAUUCCUAGACUAAUCCAAGCAUGUCCAGGCUAGGAGUUAGCAUUCCUUAGACUAGACAUUAGCAUCCCUAAGUUAGCAACUGGACACUAGCAGCUAGCGUACCUGUCUAGCCUAGUGGUUAACUCUUCAUCAAGUAAUUAGCAUCUUUAGGCUAGUGGUUAGCAUCUUCAAGCAAACUAGUAGCAGUCUUAGGCUAGUUGCUAGCAUCGCAGAGCUAGCCAUUAGCAUUCCUUGCCUGGUCGUUGUUGGUUCUAAGCAGAAUCAGAACGUUUAGAACUUCAUGACUCUCUGUAGAGCAGCUGUUAGCUAUCUGAGGACGUUUCCAGUGUUCUUUCAGGUGAUAUUUAUGUUUUACAUUCUGUAGCUGCCACUCUACGCUCAUUUAUUUUCCGUUUGUAGCUCAGUAGAUAAAAAUGUCCUGAAUCUGCCUCCAGCUGCUUUACAGUGUUAGAAACAAACCGACAUAUUUACCAAUGUUACGUCAGAAUGCUGGUCGUCAGCUGUUCCGUUAAUCAUGGGCUGGUUUCACUUUUGGUUUGAGUCGUUUUAAGGUUCUAAAGUUGUGAAUUUUUUCUGGUUUGUCCCGUUGGAAAAAACAGAAAAUUAUUAGUGGAGAAAAUACUCAUCAGGUUGAAAUAAUGGUUUGUUAAAUUCACAUUUUAUCUCCUAGAACAGAGAACGUUGAUCAUCUUCUCUGAUGUGUCAAAGCUCAUUAAUGAUUCUGUUAUUGAUCCAAUUGGAGGUUGAUUAAGUGUUGGUUCUGUGUUUUUAUAACGUUCUCCUCCCUGCAGAGCUGACGGACUUCCUCUGCACUGUACAGUCACUUCCUGUCUAUAUGUUAAUAUCAGCUGAUUUUCUUUGUAUAUUCCCGCUCCUUUGGUUCUGUGUGUUUAGAACCCAGUCGGCUGUAUAAGCUGCUUUGUAGAUGAUGUUCUCUGACUGCUGAGGAACCUUCAGCGUCCACGGUCCCGAGUUCUCAGCCGACGUAGCUCCGCCCACCACGGCAGGUGACCUGCAGGUGUUCAGUCUGUGGCCUGACGGGACUAAAGAUCCCAAACUAGACCUUUUAAAUGUUCUCUUUGUGGUUCCAAUUGGCAGAUUCGAAUUCUGACUAGAAUCUAGAACAUUCUCGGUCAAAGAACCUUCGUGUUCCAGAUUCAGGAUCUGACGUCGAACUAUUUCCUGUUACUUCAGUCUGUUUAAACCUAAGAACGUUCUGGCUCUAGAAUGCGGACAGGUGUGGCAUUUUGUCAUUUAGUACCUUCAUCGCUGAUCUAGAAUCUGUGGAACAUGUUCUGACUGUUCUGGAUCUGCGAUUUUUAAUUCUGGAACAGAUUUCAGUGUUGAUUUUUUUUUACCAUGUUCCGUUUUUACAGAUUUUGUUUUCUAAAGUGCGCCGCUUCAAAAUCCAGAACAUGGAGGUAAAAAUAUUCUAGAAUACUUUGGAGCCCAACGUGCUCCAACUCGAGAACAAGUCACGCAGAUUAGAAAAGCAUCCUCUGUUCUAGAAUCAUGUGCUGCAUGUUUAACGUUCUGGUUCUAGAACACGGACGUCUGGAGUUCAUGUUCACAUUUGUUCCAGAUAAUCGUCCCGUUAACACGUUCUAGAAACGGAACGUUCUGAUUCACCUGUUCUGUCGUUUGAUGUGGACCGAGUCGAUCGUUCUGACUCUGGAACCCAGAACACUUUAAUUAGAUCUGAGUUGCUUAUUCCGGUUCUAGAAUCCGUUUUACACCAGCGACUCUAGAAUUUGUUGCUUGACGUCGUGGAACGUUUGCCGUCACACUGUCCGGUUUGAUUUCUGGAACACGCAGGAACGAACACGUGCUGAUUCUAGAACACGCCUGUUCCUGGUUGGAUCUUCAGGCUGAGGAAUUCUGGGAUGUGGAAGCUGGAGUGAGUCCUGGUGUGUGUGUGUGUGUGAGAGAGAGUGUGUGUGUUGCGUGUGCGUGCUGUUAGCAUGCGUAUUUAGCUCCUGUAAAUCGAUGUCAUGCAUGUUUCCUGUAGUUUUUCUUCCGUUGUUCGGCUGAUUCUCUGUCGUGGCUUCGGUGCCUUCGGGUUUUUAUUCAGUUUUUUAUGUUUUAUUUCGUACCGUGUUCCAGACGUUAGCCUCUGGGAUUAUUGUUUAAAAGAAGAAGAACCUCCGGCUAACAGGGCUAGCAGCAGCUAUCUGAUGCUUACCUGAUGGUUCCUGUUGUCAGAGGAUCGUUCCUUUACAGAGUGCCAACUACAGAUGCCAGUGUUGUACAGCCGUGAAAAGUUCACAAUAUUUACUAAAAUAAACCAUUUCUCUGUUUUUUCA